UGUGCUGGUCGGUCAGCGAUUUGAAGAGUGCCGGCGCCAUGGUUUGCGUACGCCUGUCCAGUGGCCGGGAGCUCAUCACAGCAGAGGAGUUCGCCAAGUGGUGGGAAGACGAGGACCAGGGCGAGCUUCGAAGUGGCUGCUUCCACGAUGCGCUGAGGCGGGAGCUCGCCAGACGCCUGGAGCUCAGCAACUUCCGCCAGCUCCAGUUGGCCAAGGGCGAGAAAGUGCUGGGCCCCGACAGCCCCUGGAGCUCCAAAGAAGAAGCGCAAGGCCCCGACACCUUGGUGGCCAUUGUGCGCCCCUACUUGGCCGCAGACGAUCCCAGGCAUAGCCUGCUGUUCCAAAGCGCCAAGAGCGGCGACUUGGAGAAGCUGGUGCGGCUUCUGGAAGAGCCCUGUGACCCCAACGCCGUGAAGACUUCAACGGACUCCCUGGCCCUGCACGAAGCCGCGGAGCAAGGCCAUGCUGAAGUGGCACGAGUCCUGCUGGAGGCGGGGGCCAACAAGAACAGGGAGGAUUGCAACGGAGGGACGGCCCUUCAUGAUGCUGCUUGGAAUGGACAUCACGAAGUGGUGCAGCUCUUAGUUGAGAAGCGCGCCAACCUGGACAAGCUCAACUUCACGCGUGGGGACUCGCCCUUGCACUGCGCCGCCUACAAGGGCUAUUCGAAGGUGGUGCAUCUGCUCUUGCAAGGGAAAGCCGACACGGGCAAGAACAACUUCCUGGGUGAAGCACCGCUGCACUCCGCGGCCAUCCGGAACCAACACGAGAUCGUCCGUCAGCUGGUGGAGGGGGGUGCUGACAAGGACAAGGCCAACGGCCGUGGUGAGACGCCCCUGCACCUCGCCAUCGGACAACGGCUUCCGGAUCCGGUCCGCGCAUUGCUGAAAGCCAGAGCUGACCAGGAGAAGGCCAGUCGACGUGGGGAUACGCCCUUGAGCCUCGCGGCCGGUGUGGGGGAUCCGACGAUUGUGCGGCUCUUGUUGCAGGCGGGCGCCGACAAAGACCUUCCGAACAAGGAGAGCAUGACGCCUUUGCACGUGGCGGCGGCUUGCGGCAGUGAGCAGGUCACCCAAAUUCUGCUGGACGCCAAGGCCGAACAGGACAAGCGCAACCGGUCCGGGCAAACGCCGCUUCACUUCGCUGCAUUGACGGGGUUCGGGCCCCCCAUCCAGAGCUUGCUGGACGCUGGCGCGGACCGAAACGUGUUGGAUUGCGAGGGGUACAUUGCCGUGGAUUUGGCCGCCAAACGCGGGAACGAAGAAGCGGUGAACAUCUUGUUGAAAGAUUGGAAGGCGACCCGUGAGACCAAUCGCCAUCGGGGAGUUGAUGCUCCUGACCAUUCGGCCAUUGACCAACCAUAUUAUGGGCAGAUUCUAACAAGCUCACAUGGAGGUAGAAGGAGUUUGUGACUGAUCGCCCAGAUAUGGCGAAUGCUUCUCACUUGGAAUUAUUAGAUGCGAAUUCGGCAGAUUCGCAUUCCUGUGCUUUUGAACGUGAGCCCAAUUCGGCUCAGAUUCGUGGCUGGUCAAGCCGUUCCUUCGGUGACAAAUCCUGAGGAUUCUCAAGCAUUCCCAUGCUCGAAAAUUCGGGGUCGACUCCCCUCCAAAGGAAUGCUUGGCAAUCCUGGGUUUCACAUGUUUGAACAACUAGAAGCUUCACUUGGCGCAAGAUUUAUCAUUGUCUCUGCCCCAAGUCAGCCAGGGCUCAGACAGUCCCUGGCAAUGGCGACAAUGUCACGACCACAGUCUAUGAACGUGCGAGCAGAGAAC